UGAGAGGCGGGAGGUCGGAGCGGCUUCCCGGGGCGCCGCCUCACCUCGUGGCGGGAGCUCGCGGCGGUGCACGGAGCCCGCCUCCCCGCGCGGACUCUCGCUGCUAUGGUGCCGCUCGCGGGCGCCUGCGGAGGCGCCGCGGGUCCGCCCGCACGGGGGCGCCGGAGCGCGGCCAUCGGGCCUUCCCUCCGCCCGCCGGAAGCGCUCUCCUGACCCUGCGCGCCGCGGGAAGAUGGCGCUGGAAGCUGGCGACAUGGAAGAGGGGCAGCUUUCCGACUCGGACUCCGACAUGACGGUCGUCCCCAGCGACAGGCCGACGCAGAUGGCGAAAGUACUAGGUGGGGGCAGUGUUGCCUGUGCACCAGUCACACACUACCGGACUGUUAAAAACGUGGACUCGAGUGAGGAGAGCGUGGAUUCAGAUGAAGAGUGCUCUCCUUGGAAACGUAAGAGACAGAAGUGUCAUAAUCCUCCUCCCGAACCAGAGCCUUUUCCACUUGGCCAGAGCAGUCAGAAAGCAGUCAAUGGCGGAAAGAAGGUGAACAACAUUUGGGGUGCCGUGCUUCAGGAACAAAACCAAGAUGCAGUGGCCAUUGAACUUGGCAUCUUGGGAAUGGAAGGCACCCUUGACAAAAGCAGGCAGUCUGAGACCUAUAAUUAUUUGCUUGCUAAGAAACUAAGACGGGAAUCUCAAGAGUAUACGAAGGAAUUAGACAAAGAUCUAGAUGAAUAUAUGCAUGGUGACAAAAAAACAGGGUCAAAGGAGGAAGAGAAUGGGCAAGGCCACCUCAAACGGAAACGGCCUGUCAAAGACAGACUGGGUAACAGACUAGAAAUGAACUACAAAGGCCGCUAUGAGAUCACAGAAGAUGACUCUCAGGAGAAAGUGGCUGAUGAGAUUGCUUUCAGGUUACAGGAACCGAAGAAAGACCUGAUAGCCCGAGUAGUGAGGAUACUUGGGACCAAAAAAGCCAUUGAACUCUUGAUGGAAACUGCUGAAGUUGAACAGAAUGGUGGUCUUUUCAUAAUGAAUGGUAGUCGAAGAAGAACACCCGGUGGGGUUUUUCUGAAUCUCCUGAAGAACACUCCUAGCAUCAGUGAAGACCAAAUUAAGGACAUUUUCUACAUUGAAAAUCAAAAGGAAUAUGAAAAUAAAAAAGCUGCUAGAAAAAGAAGAACACAACUAUUGGGGAAAAAAAUGAAACAAGCUAUUAAAAGUCUGAAUUUUCAAGAGGAUGAUGACACAUCACGAGAAACUUUUGCAAGUGACACUAACGAGGCCCUGGCCUCCCUUGAUGAAGCCCAGGAAGGAGCUGGCGAAACCAAACUGGAUGCAGAGGAAGCCAUCGAGGUGGACCAUCCUCAGGAUUUGGACAUAUUUUAGGCACGUUUUGGACGUUCUGAAGAUAAACCUUUGUACAAACAUAGUUUCCAUUUCUGCUGAGGUUGCUGUGCUGUGCACCGAAUCUAGAGAAUGGAGAGCUGUUGCUGUUUCCUGUUUGAAGUGAAUACGCGUGUGGGCAGUCGAGCGCCAUUGAAGGCGGUGUUAAGGUGGCCAUGCCUGUCGGGUGUGCAGCACAGGUCUGAUUUCUCAUCCUGCUGCCUGCACUGACUGUUAAGGCCCGGGUCUACCUGCGGUCGCUCUGUCCAGCUCACCGUUUCAUGCCGUUAAGAAGCUUUUGUUUUCUGAUUUAUCUUGGUGGCGAACUAUGCUUUGGUUUUAACACAUUCCAUUAAAAUAUGCUAAAAUGUACAUAAAUUGUUCAGCUCUUGCAUCCAAUUGUUCCUGUAGGGUGGGCAGAAUCUUGGUAUGAACCAACAUCUUGUCUUUCUGCUUCAGCCUAAGUAGUGCUAAGAUUAUGGAUUUAUGCCACCGUGUUCUAUUGUUUGGCAAUUUUUAAAAAGCUAUUUAUUAUUAGAUGGGUAAGAGUUGGAGGUGUGGGAGCCAUGCAUGUUGUGGUCAAAGGGCAGUUUUGUGGAGUUAGGUGUUUCUUUCCCUUUAAGUGGGCUCUAGGUUGUAAGGCCUGCACUUCAAACAUCUAUCUGCUGAGCCAUCUCACUAACCCCUUUCCGGCACUCUUAAAGACAGAAACAAGUGUGUGGAAGCUGCUUGCCAUCUGUUGAAAGCAAAUAAAUAGCAGAAGCUUUUUUCUUUC